AUGAGGCAUAAGGGAAUGGGGGGAGCUCUGGUCAUACGGUUCGCCUACAAGUACUACGGGAGAGCAAAGCAGUGUUUUGAAAAAGCCUUGGAGCUGGAGCCUGAGGAAAGCGAAUGGAACAUAGGUUACGCUAUCGCUCUUUAUCGCACAGAAGACAUCAAAAGGUCAAGUGCAGAAGACUCCCUGGCAGUCAAGCAACUCCGAUUGGCCAGACAGAAAAGCCCGGAUAAUGCUAAAAUAACGGUGUUGCUUGGCCUGAGGCUGUUUGACUUCGACAAAUACGACGAGGCUGAGAGUCUGAUUGAGGAGGCUCUGGAGAUGGAUCCCACCAACCCGCAUGUUAUUCGCUAUGUCAGUAAAAACUUUCGCUGUUGUGGUAACCUGGACCGCGCCAUUGCGCUGCUCAAGAGAGCCAUAGAUCGUACUGAGAAGUCUGCCUUUCUACACCAUCAGCUGGCUCUGUGCUACAAGAGGAAGAUGACAGACCUGCUCCGUGGAGAUGCAAGAGGCAGAGGGCAAGAGGUCAGACAGCUCAUCGGACAGUGCACGUACCACCUGCAACUGGCCAUCACCCUGAGGCCAAACUUCCUUUUAGCCAAGGCUGAACUUGCACUCCUCUAUGGGCAAGAUAGGCGUAUUGAAAAUACCCAGGUGGAGGAGAUGUUCAAGGCCAUAUUGAAAGAGGCUGAGGAGAGAACCGACAUGCUUCAGAUUAUACACCAUUACUGUGGCGAAUUCCACCAUUACAAAAACAACUCCGAGUCACAGGCUGUGCACCAUUACACAGAGUGUAUGAGACUUGGGCAAGACAGACAUUUUGGGAAGCAGAGUGCCUACCAUCUGAAGAGGAUGGCAUUCAAACGCGUCAACAGGGACCCCAGUGACGGAGAGGCUCUCGGGAUCUUGGGGUUCAUCCAUAAGGCAAGGGGGAAGAAAAGUGAGGCCAUUGAGUACUACGAGAAAGCCCUGGAGUUUGAUCAAAACAACGAGGAGUAUCUCAAUGCCCUUUCUGAACUUGAACGGUUGUCUUUGGGGUAAUUCUGCUUUCAUGUCACAUCAACACUCAGAGGUCCGGGGGCCUUUCAG